AUGGAUGAUGAAGAGGAAACCUACAGGCUGUGGAGAAUUCGUAAAACCAUCAUGCAGCUGUGCCAUGACAGAGGUUACCUGGUGACACAGGAUGAGUUGGACCAGACUCUUGAGGAAUUCAAAAGUCAGUUUGGGGAUAAGCCCAGCGAAGGUCACCCGAGACGUACAGACCUCACUGUACUAGUUGCUCACAAUGAUGAUCCUACAGACCAGAUGUUUGUUUUCUUUCCUGAGGAGCAAAAGGUGGGAAUCAAGACUAUUAAAAUGUACUGUCAGAGAAUGCAGGAGGAAAACAUCACACGUGCCAUUAUUGUUGUUCAGAUGGGCAUGACGCCCUCAGCUAAACAGUCUCUAGUCGACAUGGCACCUAAAUACAUCCUGGAGCAGUUUCUACAACAGGAGCUGCUUAUUAACAUCACAGAGCAUGAGCUUGUCCCGGAGCAUAUCGUUAUGACCAAAGAGGAAGUGACCGAACUUUUGGCAAGAUAUAAGUUAAAAGAGAGUCAGUUGCCGAGGAUCCAGGCUGGAGACCCCGUGGCUCGUUACUUUGGAUUAAAAAGAGGACAGGUUGUGAAGAUCAUUAGACCCAGUGAAACAGCUGGGAGGUACAUCACAUACAGACUGGUCCAGUAAAAGGUGGUUUUCUGGUUCAACCUCUGAUGAACAUGUUUUGAUUUUUUGAUGUGUUAGAAUUGUAUUGUUUCAUAAAAGCAGAUUUUAUAAAAUAAAAAUUGAAAAAGUA